CUGAUUUUCAGCAUUGUUUGGCGAAAUACUUUGACACAAGUUUACAAUUUACCGGUGCUCUUCUCUUACGGACAAAUUAUUUUAAUUAAUAAAUAUGGAAGUUGGUGGGGUAGCCCACAGUUUGGAUGGCAAAGUACGGACAGAGGAUGUUAAACUCAAAGAAUUGGCGCCGUUUAGUAAAAUGCUGUUAUCGGAUGCGGUGCGUAAAGGCUUGCAAAAAACGGGAUUUGUAUACCCAACAGGCAUUCAGGCAACCUCCAUACCCAUGGGUAAAUCGGGAUUGGAUUUACUUGUACAAUCAAAGUCAGGCACGGGAAAAACACUUAUAUUUUGCACAAUAAUAUUAGAGGCAUACCGCAUGGAUCUCACAGAACCGCAAUCGUUGAUUGUAGCACCAACACGUGAGAUUGCCGUACAAAUCGAGUUAGUAUUGAAUCAAAUUGGUAGUUGCUGUAACGGUUUUCGUGCUGUCAGUGUUAUUGGUGGAUUAGAUGUAGCAGACGACAGAAAGCGUUUGCAUGGUGCCAAAGCAGUUGUUGGUACGCCCGGUCGAUUGCUACAUUUAAUACAGAACAACGUGCUAAAUACAUCGAAAAUCCGUUUGCUCGUAUUGGAUGAAGCUGACAAAAUGUAUACACAAUCAUUCCGACAAGAUUUGCGACGCAUACAAAAUGCUUUACCGGCAAAGCGUCAGACAAUUGCUUGUAGUGCCACAUUCUGUGAUGGCUUAGACGAAGAGCUGGCAAAAAUAAUGCGCAAUCCCUUGCUGAUUUCUACAGAGGAGCGUGCCACCUUACUAGUUGGCAUAAAACAGUUUGUCUAUGAAGUGGCCGAACAAAAAACCAGCAUACUUGAAAUGCAAACCAAAUUGGCGGCGCUGCGUGUCAUAUUCGGGCGUAUAGCGUUCAAACAGUGUUUAAUAUUUGCUGGCUCACAGUCUCGCGCCAAUUCGUAUUGCAAUUAUUUGGAGAAAGAGGGUUGGCCCUGCGAACUUAUAUCUGGUGCGCAGGAUCAGAAAACACGUCUCGAAAUGUUUCACAAAUUCCGUGAAUUCAAAACGCGCAUUAUCAUAACAACAGAUCUAAUGGCGCGUGGCGUUGACUCGGAACAUGUAAACUUGGUUAUAAAUCUGGAAUUACCAACCGACAUGGUCACCUAUUUGCAUCGCAUUGGACGCGCCGGACGCUUUGGUUCACAUGGCAUUGCCAUCAAUUUUGUUGCCAAUGAAAAGGAUCGUUGUACGCUAACACGCCUCAUUACACGCAUUGGCAAUGGCAUGAGCGUCUUAAAGUUUCCACAAAAGGAGUUGGCAGCAGAAGAGCAAGAACAUGAUUUUUGGGAUUUCUCGAAUUUCGAAAAGGAUAAACAACGCUUUGGUCUAUUUGGUUGUGAAGCCUUGGCGCCUUUAGCAUCACUUGAGCAUAGCUCAUUUUCCGAUACACAAGAGAACAAAGAGAAUCUGAAUGAUAAUCAGCUGAAUACGAGUUCCUCGAUUGACACAAACACAUUUCAGGUAGAUUCGAAAGACAGCGCCCUAAAUAUGCAGGAUAACCUGCUAGAACGUCCCGAAAAUAAUAAUCAGCACUACUCACCUUCACAUAACCUAACAAUUGACUCACGCCAAAACUCUUCACAGCAACUACCAUCUUCAAAUACUAUAGACGACGCCAGUAGCAUUGCUGCAGAUAGUUUGCGUAGCAGUCAGCAAGAUAUUUCGCGUUACCAAUCGGUUCUGAUGCAAAAAGCCGCCAUACCAACGCUCUUCGAAUUCCUAGUCGAUCCUAACAGCAGCGAGAGCAAAGCGGAUGUUGAUGGAGGCGAAACCAAAAAGAAGCCACAAAUUGAUUUGUUUGAAGACUACAAAAAAGCUGUGCUAACCAACUCGGACAAUUCACUGAAAGAGACUGAAACUGCCUGCGUCCCAGACGCCGCACCCAUAUCUAAGAAAAUUGCUGCUUAUAAAUCAAUGCUAAUCGAUCAACCCGAGCAGAAGCAAGUAGUUGAAUCCAAGCCUGAUAUAUACUCCGACUAUGCCAAUUUCAACACCGAUGAGAACUCCAGCAGCCUAAGUCAAGAGACACUCUCCAAUGAUAUCGACAAGGCAACAUUUAUAUUAUCUGUGGCAACACCGCCAAAAAUGCACGACUCCAUCGAAGAGUACGUUAACACGACGAGCACGAGUGAGCUGAAAAAUGGCGCCUCCACAAGUGAGAGUCGUGAAGUGUCGGAAGUGAAGCAUUUCACUUCACCAGCGCAUAAUCAACCAAACAACAACAUACCCGAUGUCAUACCGGCCAAUCAGCGACUUCUGGGUUUGGCAUACAAUCAGCAACAACUACAAAACCUAACUGUUAAUGUUGGUGCAAGGAUUGAAAUACCGCCACAGCAGCCUGGGCAAGCCGAUUCGCCAGCACCGAACGAUUCCGUUUUAAAUUCCCACGAUGAAGAUCACUCACCGACUAUUAGCAAUAGCGGCUCCUUACAUUCGCAUUCGAAUUCGGAGCAUGGCGGCAGCAGUGGCUUCAACGAGCGCAAUACGACCAGCGCUUCGUCGGGCAUCGUCACUUCCGACACAGAGGCUGAACGUUAUGUAGAAAACGGUUAUUACUCAUCGUCAUUGGAAAGCGGUACAGGCUCUAUAAAUGAAGGUAAUGAGGAAGUAAUGCAACCAAAUCCGGAACAAGAAGCAGAAGUUGAGUCGUCAACGGAUGACGACUUUGAUGAUGAUGAAGAAGAUUACUAUGAAGAUGAAGAUGAGGAGGAAUGCGCUGAUUUUGAGGACGAAGAAGAUGAAGAUAUCGAGGAGAAUGAUGAAGAGGAUUGGUUCGAGGAUAAAAGAGAUGAUGAUGAUGAUGGUUUGGAGGUGGAGGUGGAGGAGGAGGACGCUCACGACUACAGCAACUCAAAUGGCGUUCACAAUGAAUUCGAAAGCGAUAAUGAAAGUGGCUGCGGCGCACCAUUUUAUGCGAACUACGAGAGUGGCGCAGAACGUAAAAAUGAAUGUGAACCGAAUGCUGCGGGGCCUGAGGAUGAAAAAGUAGUGCUUGCAACUGAAGUUAAAGCAGAAAUUGCAACCACAUCGAAAGCUAACCUAAAACAUGAAUUCAAUAAAACUAACCUAAAACACGAAUUUGAUAAAGCAGACUUAAAAGUCGACUCCGAUAAGACUAAGCUACAACAUGAAUCCAACAAAACCAACCUAAAUCACAAGUCCAAUAAAACUAACCUAAAACAUGAGAAUGAGCCGAUGGAAACCGCGAAAGCAACAAAAGCCCAUAAGCGUGACAAGAAGCGUUCUACUCGCAAAUCAGCUCCCUCGACACAAUAUGGCGUAUAUGCUUCGUAUUAUAACUGUUAUGACAGCAAUUAUGUGACUGCGCAUGCGCUGUGGAUGGAAAUGUAUCGAAAGCAGGUGGAACAAAUACAAGACUAUGUGCGUUUGACACGUGAAGUUGCACGAUCAGAAGACGAAAAGUGAAUUUUAUAAAGUUAUUGAAGCAGUACAUACACAUACGAAGUCGAAUACGAUAUUGACAUACAUAAGUAUAUGUACCCUCUGAAUUACAUUAAAUUUAUUACUUAACUUAUUGAAGAUAAUUCCAUGAAAUGAAUUGAACUCGCUAAUA